AUGCCCAUGGUCGUCCUUCUGGCCAUCUUCUCGUCCAUGAGGUAUGGUGUGCAUGACGUUAUCACGAGUCCAAAAUCCUACAUUCUCCCCUCCUCUUUCACGACCCCCGCCCCACCUAAAAGCCACAACUACAUCUCCACACGCGCUGCAGAUCUCCCGCAGACAGAGCUGGUCGCAGGCGUAGCCGGUUUCAACUAUUUCCGCAAUCUGUACUACUUUGGAAGCACUUUUUACGUCGUCACGGACGAAGUGGAAGAAAUGAAGAAAAUCGAGUACACCUAUGUGAUCACUGGACUCAAGAAGGAAGACGCAGAGGGCAAAUCUGUAGAAAUCCCAGUAGAAGAGACCUGGCAGGUCAUCUCCUUUGAAGAGGCUGAAGAAUUGUUCAAACCCGUGGUGGUCAGAAAGAACGGUCUGACCCUCUUUUACGCCGACGCGACCAGUCCGAAUUUCCUCGGUCACUAUUUCCACCUGGUAGCGGAAAUGUUCCUUGGAGCCAUGAGGGUUCAAGCUGCGGACGGCGAAUACGAGCUGCCCGCUCGAACUAUCUACAGAGGCACAGCCGCGAGCAGAAGGGACAGAUAUGCGCUCAACGAAUGGUUCAACGAGAUUGCCAUGCCCAACACGGCUCUUGAAGACCAGAGCGUGCUGCAAGAUCGAACGCACUCAGGAAUCCCUUACGUGUAUGAACGAAUCGUUAUUGCGGAUCGAUGGGCAGCUCACAAACAUGGCAAGAACCCCAGGCGAUGGAACAAGGUCACAGGAGAUGUUCCUGAUGUUCAAGUUCCGGCGGACUGGUUCAGACCCGUUAGAAACUCUAUCAAACUCGCAGUUCUCGCUUCUGGAUGUGAUAUCAGACGCAAAGAUCCCUCUGUCCCCGUAGUCCUGUAUGUGAACCGACAGGAUACUGGCCGAAGAUUGUUGGCUGAAGACGCGGAGAGUCUGGCCUUUGAACUCGACGCCCUGCACCAGCAGGGACUCAUCGAACUUCACGACGUUCAGAUGGGCAAAGUGUCCAAGCUGGAACAGUUCUGUCUCGCCUGUAAAGCAGACGUCAUGCUCGGCGUUCAUGGGAACGGUCUCACCCACCAAAUGUGGAUGAAACCCGGAAGUGCAGUUCUUGAAAUGAUGACCGUCGGAGGCCAUGCGAGGGACUACAAUCUCUUGGCCGAUAUGGUCGGACACCAGUAUGAAACGAUUCACAACAAUCACACCUUCCCCCGAGAGAAAUGGGGCUCUGUCGGUCAAGGCAAAAACUUUCACUCGUCUUCGAUUCGAGCAGACGGCAAAUUCGUAGCGGAAUUGGUCUUGCAAAAGGCUCAGGAGAGAAUCAAGAAUAUUGAACCGAGCCUAUAG